UUCAAGGUUUGACUGCAGGCACCAAAGCUGGGCUCGACGGAGCAUAAAGAUGCUGAAGGGGGUUUGGCUGCUCAGUGUCUUCACCGUGGCUGGGAUCUCGCCGACAGAGAGCCGCAAACCUUCCAAAGACAUUUGCAGCAAGAGCCGCUGCCCUUGUGAAGAGAAAGAGAAUGUGCUGAAUAUUAAUUGUGAAAACAAGGGAUUUACCACCGUCAGCCUUCUGUUGCCUCCACCGUCCAAGAUCUAUCAGCUCUUCCUCAACAACAAUGCCUUCACCCGCCUCUAUCCCAAUGAGUUUGUCAACUACUCCAACGCCGUGACCCUGCACCUGGGCAACAACGACAUGCAAGAGAUUCGAACCGGGGCCUUUGUAGGCCUUCGGACCCUAAAGAGGUUGCACCUCAACAACAACAAGUUGGAAGUCCUGCGGGAGGACACUUUCCUCGGCUUGGAGAGUUUGGAGUACUUGCAAGCUGACUACAACUACAUCAGUGCUAUCGAAGCUGGGGCUUUCAGCAAGCUGAAUAAGCUGAAAGUGUUGAUCCUCAAUGACAACCUCCUUUUGUCGCUGCCUAGCAAUGUGUUCCGUUUCGUUCUGCUCACUCACCUGGACCUCAGAGGGAACCGGCUGAAGAUGAUGCCUUUUGCUGGUGUCCUGGAGCACAUUGGAGGCAUCAUGGAGAUCCAACUGGAGGAGAAUCCCUGGAACUGUACCUGUGACCUGCUGCCUCUCAAAGCUUGGCUGGACACCAUCACUGUCUUCGUUGGGGAGAUUGUGUGUGAGACCCCGUUCAGGUUGCACGGGAAAGAUGUGACCCAACUCACCAGGCAGGACCUCUGCCCUCGGAAAAGUGCGGGUGACUCUAACCAGAGGGAGAAGCACCCUUCCCACUCCGACACGCACAUCCAGAGGUUUACACCAACAGUGAACUCUGCUGUCGGUGCUACCCGGGCCCCGAAAGCCAGCCGCCCACCCAAAACAAGGAACCGCCCAACCCCAAGGGUCACCGUGUCUAAAGACAGGCAGAUUUUUGGGCCAAUCAUGGUUUACCAGACCAAGUCUCCAGUGCCACUCACUUGCCCAGUGGGCUGCGUCUGCACUUCUCAAAGUUCUGACAACGGGUUGAAUGUCAACUGCCAGGAGAAAAAAAUCGGCAACAUCUCUGACCUACACCCCAGGCCCACCAGUCCAAAGAAACUCUAUCUGACAAGCAAUUACUUGCAAACAGUCUACAAAACAGAUCUCUUGGAAUACAGCUCACUGGAUUUGUUGCAUUUGGGAAACAACAGGAUUGCCGUGAUCCAAGAAGGUGCCUUCUCUAACCUCACCACUUUGCGACGACUCUAUCUCAAUGGCAAUUACCUUGAGGUCCUGUACCCUUCCAUGUUCGAAGGGCUGCACAGCUUGCAGUACCUCUACUUAGAAUAUAAUGUGAUUAAGGAUAUCCUGCCACACACCUUUGAUGCACUGGGUAACCUUCACCUGUUAUUUCUGAACAACAACCUGCUUCGGUCUCUGCCGGACAAUGUGUUUGGGGGCACCACCCUGACCAGACUCAACCUGAGGAACAACCAUUUCUCAUACUUGCCUGUGCGAGGGGUCCUUGAGCAACUUUCAGCUCUCAUUCAGAUUGACCUCCAAGAAAACCCUUGGGAUUGUACUUGUGACAUCAUGGGGCUGAGGAACUGGAUAGAGCGAGUGACGGAGCAAAACAACCAGCAGUCCGGGGCCCCUGUCGUUCUCAAUGAAGUGAUCUGUGAUUCUCCAGCCAAGCACGCUGGAGAGAAUCUCAAGACCCUGAGCAAAGAGGCCAUCUGCCCUGAGAAUCCCAACCUGUUCGAUUCUUCUUUCUUAUCGCCAAAGCUGAACACAGACGUCCCGCAAACCUUCAGUAUCUUCCCCAGCUCGUAUCCCGAAAUACGCACCGAAGUCCCCCUCUCUGUCUUAAUUUUGGGCCUUCUGGUCGUGUUUAUUUUGUCCGUCUGCUUUGGGGCCGGCCUCUUUGUCUUUGUCCUCAAGCGUCGCAAGGGCAUGCCAAGCGUGUCCAGCGGUGCCAACAACCUCGACGUCAGCUCCUUCCAGUUGCAGUAUGGGUGCUACAACAGCGAGGCGCACGACAAAGCUGAAGGGCAUGUGUAUAAUUACAUCCCGCCUCCUGUUGGCCAGAUGUGCCAGAAUCCCAUCUACAUGCAGAAAGAAGGAGACCCCGUGGCUUACUACAGGAAUCUCCAGGAGUACAGCUAUAGCAAUCUUGAGCCGAAGAAGGACGAACCUGCUAGCCUGGCCUUUACAAUUACUGCGGCAGAGAUGCUGGAGAAGCAGGCCUUUGCGAGGGAGCCGGAGCUGUUGUAUCAGAACAUUGUGGAGAGGGUGAAGGAGCUGCCCAGUGGAAGCCUUGUCCAUUACAACUUUUGCACCCUUCCCAAAAGACAGUUCGCUCCUUCCUACGAGUCGAGGCGACAAAACCAGGACAGGAUAAAUAAAACGGUUUUGUACGGGACACCGCGGAAAUAUUUUACAGAACAAUCCAAACCUGAGCUUCCUUUAUUGCAAGGGAAAUUACAGACUGAACCAGACUACCUCGAAGUUCUGGAAAAGCAAACUGCCAUUAGCCAGCUGUGA